GAGAGAGAGAGAGAGAGAGAGAGAGAGAGAGAGAGAGAGAGAGCACAUGCUGCAGGACCAGGCAGACUUGAACAAACACACGCUCAGGAUGGCGACACUAACAAUGAAAAAAUGCCACAAAAUGUUGUCCGGUGCUUUUGUGAUCUGUGUUUUUGCUGUGCUUUUUCAAGGUGUGAUUUGUGAAGUGAUCAAGGAUGAGUACGAUGUCAACCCUGUGAUCCGUGGGGAUGGUGAUCCAACAGCAAUUAAAGACGGAAAAGAUAAUGUUCAAGUCCAGAUUGUAGAGUACCCCACCAUUUCAUUUGGGCCAGAGAGCUCAGAAACACCAGCGGUUACACAGCCAACCGAGCCCACCACAGACCAGCAGAGCACGAAGACCCCCGAUCAGACUGACUCACACCCACCUAAAAAAAGCAGCAUCACAUCCAAGGGAAAUGUGGUAUGUGUGGAUGAAAUACCAGUGAGAUACAGAUACGACGUUCUGCUGAAACUCAAGGCGCCCUCCACAUGUGAAGACACUAAAGACAAGAUUCAGAGUGUACUGGAACAUCUCUGUGGUGAAGACUGCAAGCUCGAAAUCUUCCAGAAAGACAACACUGAUGAGAUUAUUGUUUAUGGAGAGAGUAUCGAAGCCAAUCCUGAAGAAAUGGCUGUGAAAUUCAACAUCGACAACAUAAUGGAUAAGGUUGAAGUUGAAAAGGCCGUGUCUCGUCAGCGCUCUAAAGCUGUCUUCAUCUCCGUGUUGAUAGCGGGUUUACUUCUUGCUGCUUUGCUAAUUGCCGGUUACCUUCUAAAGUCACGUCAGGAACAGACGAAAGGACUACGACUGGCUGAGGAGUCCUUCCAAGUGGAUCAAGAAAACCAAGGCAACACAUUGCUGUCUGUAGCUCCCCUCCCUCCACAGGAGCCUUUGGACAAGCCCGUCAUCAAUGGAGAGUCCCCCGAAUCUCCCCCCACCAAUGGACAUUCUGCCACACAGACACAGGUGGCCGACACGCCAAUGUAAGAGGCGUCAGCAUCUCACCUCAACGACCAGAGAACAAGGUUAUCAUAAACGUUAAACUCAGGCAAAACAGAUAUUCCAGAUUUGAAGGAUAUUUGUGAAUAUGAUGAAGCCAAUGAGAAUAACAAAUGAUGCAGAGAGAUUGUACAAUAUAAAGACGACAACGGUGAUUUUUAUCGGUAACGUGAAAGAAUGAUCGCAGGUUUAAAGGAGUCUUGCAAGCGUGAACAAAAGAGCCAAAGAAAAGAAUGCGCCUGUGAUGUUAGCUGCUGAUCUGGCAGAUUCGUGCUCCGUCUAAACCACACUCAUUACAAUAAAAUGAACCCAUCUCAAACAUUUACAUAUUCAUAGAUGCUCUCACACGCAAAAAUAAAGGAGAUGUCCUUUUAGGUAAUUAAGAAAUGGAAAACAGUAUGAUUUGCAUAAGCAUCUUUAGUUUGGAAAAGCUUUCUGAAGUCUACGAGCGAUGCCCUGAUAGUUCACCCAAAAAUGAAAAUUCUGUCAUCAUUUACUCACUCUCUUGUCAUUUCAAACCUGUAUGACUUUCUUCCUUCCGCAGAACACAAAAGAAGAUAUUUUGAAGAAAGUUGGUAACCGAACAGCGCUGACAUCCAUUCACUUGUAUUGUAUGGACACAAAACCAAUGCAAGUGAACGGGGGCCAGUUAACAACAUUCUUCAAAAUAUCUUCUUUUGUGUUCUGUGAAAGAAAGAAAACUCAUACAGGUUUAAAAUGACAAGAUGGUGAGCACAUUUAAAACCAUGUUUUUUUUUUGUAAACAAGCUUAUUGUGGGGUGUUUUUAUUCCUAUAUUGUUUCCUGUUUAUUUUUUCCUCUUGUACUUUUCUUUAUAACUAUUUUUGUUUUCAUUUCGUUUUUAUAUGUACAUGCUUACAUUUUAAUUUGUAAAGCGCUUUGAGAAGCACGUUCAAAGGCGCUAGAGAAAAUAAAGUUGCUAUUAUUAUUAUUAUUAUUAUUAUAAAUGAUCAUUUUUGGGUGAACUAUCACUUUAAUGAUAACGUAUAUUUGUGACACAGUUUUAAACACAAAAUCCUUUAUCAGGUACUUCAGAACAGAAAUACAACAUUCAGCACAGACGCGUGUUGAAACCCUUUCUCUGACACCUGUCAUGUCUUCCUCAAUGGUUUUGAUGUUCAUGGUCUUUUAUUUAGAUUUUAGUACGUUUAUUCAGUUGCCCAAAGCUUGUCAAUGUGAUAUUUUCAGUAUGCAUGUUUUCUGAGAACCUUAUUUUCAGCACUAUGCUGUAAGCUACAGAAACUGGAAAAAAAAACAUAAGCAGAAACAAAAGAACUGCUAAUAUCCUUGAGCUUUACACGUGUUCAGAAUUGUGCAUUUAGUAAAAAAAUUGUAAUGAAAAACUGUGUGAACAAAUGUGUGAUUGUUGACCAGUAAGCUUGUAUAAGGUCAAAACAUUUUACCUUAAUGUUUUUUGUAAUUGCCUAUAUUUUUAUACAAAGUAUAUUUUGCUUUAUACUUUUUUGUUUGGUGUGUAAUCUAAGCAUUUAGUUAGAUGUUUGAAAACAUGAAGGCGGCGGCAAAGACCUGUAGAUGAACAUGAGUGAGUGGUUAUAUCAUUGUGUUUGUUUUAUUGUUUUAUGUACUGUGGAAAAGCCAAAUUUCCGAACAACUAUCAAAUAAAUGACAAUUUCAAUACAUUACUUUUUUAUUUUGUUGUGUUAUAGCGAUCAGUAUCUGUUUAUUGUAUAACCUUGUCUUAACAUGAUCAAAACCCUAAAACUG